AUGGGGGAUAUUGUGCCAGAAGUCGAGAUAUCUCAGUAUACUAAGGAUAAGGCAAGUUGCACGCGGAUUUCGAUUGAAUCGUACUACUCAAAACGUGUAACACAAUGUGCCGAACGAGAGAAUCGUUUGAAAAAAUUGGAGGAGGAUAUGUCAGCAAGAGGACUGAGUGACGACGAGAAAGACGAAAAACGAAAAAUCCACCACUCAAAGGAAACCGACUACCUCCGUCUGAAGAGAACUCGUCUCACCGUAAAUGACUUUGAAAGUCUCAAAGUUAUAGGAAGAGGAGCGUUCGGCGAGGUGCGACUUGUUCAAAAACAUGACACCGGACAUAUCUACGCUAUGAAAAUUCUCCGUAAGAGUGAAAUGGUUGAGAAGGAGCAGACAGCGCACGUCCGUGCUGAAAGAGACAUAUUGUCGGAAGCUGAUUGUGAUUGGGUUGUGAAAAUGUACUACUCGUUCCAAGACUACUCGAAUCUCUACUUGGUUAUGGAGUUCCUUCCAGGAGGUGACAUGAUGACUCUUCUUAUAAAGAAGGACACAUUGACUGAAGAAGCCACUCAGUUUUACAUUGCUGAAGCAGCUCUAGCUAUCCAGUUUAUCCACAGCCUCGGUUUUAUACAUCGUGAUAUUAAGCCAGACAACCUUCUCCUCGACGCAAGAGGUCACGUCAAGCUAUCAGAUUUUGGUCUGUGCACUGGCCUGAAGAAAUUUCAUCGCACCGAUCAUUAUCGCAACUGGCCAGUCACCUUGCCUCCGGAUUUUAUCUCAAAGCCAUUUGAAUCGAAACGAAAAGCGGAGACUUGGAAGAGAAAUCGGCGCGCUUAUGCUUACUCUACUGUUGGUACUCCGGAUUACAUUGCUCCAGAAGUCUUCCAGCCGAAUGGAUAUACCAAGAGUUGUGAUUGGUGGAGUCUUGGUGUUAUCAUGUAUGAGAUGCUAAUUGGAUAUCCACCAUUCUGCUCGGAGCUUCCGCAAGAAACCUACCGCAAAGUCAUCAACUGGCAGCAGACACUUGUGUUCCCAUCAGAUGUCCCAAUCAGCAUUGAAGCUAAAGCUACCAUAAAACGAUUCUGUUGUGAAGCGGAACGUCGUCUCGGAAACCAUGGGGGUCUUGAUGAAAUCAAGCAGUGCCCAUUCUUCCGCAGAAUUGAUUGGAAUCAUAUAAGAGAACGCCCACCACCAAUUCGUGUCACAGUGAAGAGCAUUGACGACACGUCGAACUUUGAUGACUUCCCCGAUGAGGAUUUGUCAUGGCCAACCUCUACACUCAUUCGUCCUGAAGAGCAACCGGGUCGUCGUGGAGAAUUUGUUGAUUUCACCUACAAACGUUUUGAUGGACUGACCCAAAAGAUGCGCUACAGUGAUUUGAAGAAGCAAGCCAAGAAGAACAAGAAAGGAGGACAAGGACAAGGAAGUUCGGAUUGA